GGGUCCCUGUGCCGCUGACGUCCCGAGCAGUGCUGGGAAGUAUAGGCUGUGUUGUCACGCCGGUGUCAGUCUGAUGAAGAUUGGCAUCAGGUGAACUCUGGAGCAGGACUCUGAAGCUUUCUGUCCUCCAUGCCGCUCGUUAGAAAAGGGGCUGUGAACUGUGUUUUGGCUGUAGCCCACAGGAAGAAUUUCUGGCGCAGCUGGAAGUGAGAGGAGGGGAGUGAGUCUCCUGAGGACCAUCCCAGAGGCUGCAGGGAUCACCUGAACAAUGACAGCAACCGCCCAGCCACCCUCCAAGGCCCAGGCUGUCCAUAUCUCGGCACCCUCGGCUGCUGCCAGCACACCUGUGCCCAGUGCCCCUAUCGACCCCCAGGCCCAGCUGGAGGCUGACAAGCGAGCUGUUUACAGGCACCCUCUUUUCCCGCUCCUGACGCUGCUGUUUGAGAAAUGUGAACAGGCCACGCAGGGCUCUGAGUGCAUCACCUCCGCCAGCUUUGAUGUGGACAUCGAGAACUUUGUCCACCAGCAAGAGCAGGAGCACAAACCCUUCUUCAGCGAUGACCCAGAACUGGACAAUCUGAUGGUGAAGGCGAUCCAGGUCCUGAGAAUCCACCUGCUGGAGUUGGAGAAAGUCAACGAACUCUGUAAGGACUUUUGUAACCGUUAUAUCACCUGCCUCAAAACCAAGAUGCACAGCGACAACCUGCUCAGGAACGACCUCGGGGGCCCCUACUCCCCCAACCAGCCCUCCAUUAACCUUCAUUCACAGGACCUCCUGCAGAAUUCCCCCAAUUCCAUGUCUGGAGUCUCCAAUAACCCCCAGGGGAUUGUGGUCCCAGCCUCAGCGCUCCAGCAGGGCAACAUCGCCAUGACAACCGUCAACUCACAAGUCGUGUCAGGUGGAGCCUUAUACCAACCGGUUACCAUGGUAACCUCCCAGGGUCAGGUGGUCACCCAAGCAAUCCCCCAGGGAGCCAUCCAGAUCCAGAACACACAGGUUAACCUUGACCUCACCUCCCUCCUGGACAAUGAGGAUAAGAAGUCCAAGAACAAACGAGGAGUGUUGCCCAAGCAUGCCACCAAUAUAAUGCGCUCUUGGCUCUUCCAGCAUCUCAUGCACCCCUACCCCACGGAGGAUGAGAAGAGGCAGAUCGCAGCCCAGACCAACCUCACCCUCCUGCAAGUAAAUAACUGGUUCAUCAACGCCCGGAGGCGCAUUCUGCAGCCCAUGCUGGACGCCAGCAACCCAGACCCCGCCCCCAAAGCCAAGAAGAUCAAGUCUCAGCACCGGCCCACCCAAAGAUUCUGGCCCAACUCCAUUGCUGCGGGGGUCCUACAGCAGCAGGGCGGUGGCCCAGGGACAAACCCCGAUGGCUCCAUCAACUUGGACAACCUGCAGUCCCUGUCCUCAGACAAUGCCACUAUGGCCAUGCAGCAGGCAAUGAUGGCUGCACAUGAUGACUCCUUGGAUGGGACAGAAGAAGAGGAUGAGGAUGAGAUGGAAGAAGAAGAGGAAGAAGAGCUGGAAGAGGAGGCCGAUGAGCUGCAGACGACGAAUGUCAGCGACCUGGGCUUGGAACACAGUGACUCCCUGGAGUAGCCAGGCAGCCCAGAUGCACUGACCAGCAAGCAGGAGAGGAGCGUUGUCGGGAGGGCUUCAGGGUGGGGGGGAAGGGGAUACGGGUAGGCAGCACUGAGGGAGUUGGGCCCUAGCUUCGCAAAAUCAGGAGCUUGAAGUACAGAGGAGACACCCUGUUCCUUCCCAACCACCAAGCUUCCAUGAGCAUCCCAGCCCACUGCCCUGGAACCACAGAGGACUCUGUUUGGCAGGGCCAGUCAAGCAGCCUGCAUGGAAAGACAGGAACAAUGUCUGGACUCACCAAAUCUCUGAGGCCAGAUGGCAACCAUGGGCCCCACCCAAGGACUUGCGUUGCUCACAAGCCCUGCACUGUGCGGUGGAUCGGUGCUGUUUACAGAGUGCGCCUUUGCCGGGGGGGACAGACUUAGGAAGAAAGGGAAAGACAAAGGGGGACAUUCAAGGGCAGGAGGGAGCUGUC